UGGGCCCACGCAGCAUCAUCAUCGCCAUCUUCUUCCUCCACCUCCUCUUUCCCGCAUUUCUCCUGAAACCCUAAUUUCCAAAAUUGCGAACAGAAACUUCCACCACUUCUAUCAUGUCGUUGGAAGCUUUCCCCGUCGACCGGUUCAAGCACAGCCAACCACCGGCUUUCGUCGGGAGCAACAAUACCGAUGGAGUUGGCUCGGGGCCGCCCAAGGCCGCUCACCGCCUCCGCCUGAGCCCUACAGCGGACCACAUGCCGGACAGCUACGAGGACCUCCAGUACCAGCUGGAUUUCAGCCCCAUGCUCUUCAGCUCGCUCGAGCGGUACCUCCCUCCCCCUAUGAUGACGCUAUCCCGCGACGCCAAGGUCAAUUACAUGCGCGAUAUCCUCCUCCGCUACUCGCCUGAAGGCGAGCGCACUCGUGUUCUGAAGCACAGAGAAUAUAGGCAAAAGAUCUUGACGAAUUAUAAGCCUCUGCACAGAGAGCUGUAUUCUAUGCAUGCUGCAAGUUUCUUUGCGCCCUCGUUCCUUAAAGCGAUACGAGAAAACACUGAGGAGAGUUUCAGAAGCAUUGUUUCUGAACCUUCCCCGGGGAUUUUAGUGUUCGAGAUGCUUCAGCCACGCUUUUGUGAAAUGCUGCUGUCUGAGGUCGAUAACUUUGAAAGGUGGGUUCAUGAGACAAAUUUCAGGAUCAUGCGUCCAAAUACGAUGAAUAAAUAUGGUGCUGUUCUUGAUGACUUCGGCCUAGAAAAUAUGCUUAACAAGAUGAUGGAUAGCUUUGUAUGCCCCUUGGCUAAAGUGUUCUUUCCCGAUGUUGGUGGAUGCACCCUUGAUUCUCACCAUGGGUUUGUUGUCGAGUAUGGCAUGGACAGAGAUGUUGAACUUGGUUUCCAUGUUGAUGACUCUGAAGUCACCUUAAAUGUUUGCUUGGGUGAGCAAUUUUCUGGAGGAGAAUUGUUCUUUAGAGGUGUUCGGUGCGAAAAGCAUGUCAAUACAGAAACCCAACCAGAAGAAAGUGUGGACUAUUCCCAUGUUCCAGGGUUUGCAGUUCUUCAUCAUGGUCGCCACAGACACGGUGCUAGAGCUACCACUACUGGUCAUCGAGUCAACUUGCUUCUUUGGUGCAGAAGUUCUGUGUUUAGAGAGCUGAAAAAGUACCAGACAGAUUUCUCCAGCUGGUGUGGAGAGUGCCAACGCAACAAGCGGGAGAGGCAUCGGUUAUCUAUUGCAGCCACCAGAUCGGAAUUGAUGAAGCGGGAAAGAAAAACAGCUUCUUGAGAUGCUGGUCGUGCUGUUCUAGGUUGUCGAGUAAAUCUUCAAGAAGUGAGUUCCCUGAUCUUGGAACGAUCUCAGAGAUUCUGCAUCUGCCUACUCUGAUUGGUGAUGGACAGUUCUAUUUCGGAUCAAAUUUUUGCUGUCAUAGGCAGGUAGAUAGCUGUACAUAGAAAGAAAAGAACUUGGUCAUGUACUGUCUUUCCCCGUUUGUUUAUUGUUCAACUUGAAGGUCCAUUUAUAUCAUAAAGCUGCGUUUGUAGAAAUGUGAUCGACUCAUGCUUCUUCUAGCCAUUGGAGUUUAUAUUAAUUUUGCCCUUGCAGCUUUGCCAUAUCAACAUGAUUAUCUUGUUCUC